AUGUCCAAUCCACCUCAGUACGGACCUAACGCCCUACCCCAAGGUGCAAACGACGGUGGUGACGGCUCCUCCCUCGAACAGGCAACAUGGGUAGCUGGCAGCGACAAGAACGCCAGGAGCUUCAUUAUACUCCAAGGCAAAGACUAUGUACGCUGCAACAUGGGCGAUGCUCUCCAGUUCUACGACUCGGGCUACCGCGUAUUCGACCCGCCUACUGGUCGUCGAGUCAAGUUCCAGUACACGCAGCCUGGUCGUCCCAAGUUCGGCGCUUUCGCACACCAGUACUGGGAAAUCCAGAUGGAGGAACAUGCUUCUCUUGUGAGGGGCGAUCGCUUGCCUGGAGAGGAUCUGGGUGAAGAUGCCGAAGAGGAAUACGAGGUCGCAGGAGAUGCUGUCUUCGACCGCGCCGAACAGCCUCCUUCGACUCCCUCGAGGAGUAAGUAG